GGCGCCGAGGAGCGGCCUCGGCACCAUCCGCCGCCGCCUCGCGGCGCUGCGCCGGCGCCGAGGCGCCGCGGCGUUGGCGCUCGCGGCGCAGGCUCGGUGGCCUGCGAGCGCGGCGGCCGAGCGCUGGUGUGCCAGGGGGCCGGUGGUCCUGGGCCUUCCCAGUGGCGGGCACUGCGACGGCGCGGUGGUCUGGCUCCACGGGGAGGGCGAGGACCCGGAGGACUGGGCGCAGGAGCUGAUGGCCGCGCGUCGGGGGGCCCGCUGGAAGAUUGUGCUCUUGCGGGCGCCGCUCGCGCGGGUGGCGGCCAGCGGCGCUCGUCGGCAGGUGUGGGCCUCCUCCCCCAGCAGCCUCGGCGGCGGCGGGUGCUACGACGCGGCCGCCAGUUCCAGUGCCGCCGCGCGCGCCGUCGCCUUGCUGGUCUGCUGUGCCAGCAGCACAGCGACAGGCAUGGCUGGCAGCAUGCUGUCUCCCUGCGGCGCUGCGGCGCGCGCGCGCGUCCUUCGUGGCAGCGAGGCGGCGCGGCCUCUCAGGUCGGUGCGCCGGUGCCUUGGUGAGCUGGAGGCCUUCGAUCAGGCGGGCAAGUCUGCCGUGGAGCCCAACGCGGUGGCAGAGGUGGCAGUGGCGCCACCCGCUGCUGGCUCCACUCGUGGUUGAGCUCGUGGGACUC